AUGCACAGAAAAUGUAUUUAUAUCAAUAAAGAUAAUGAAGAGAUUCACAUUGAAGCAGUUUAUGAGGAUUCAAUGCCAAAUGGUUCAAAUGUGGGAACUGUUAUUGGAUUCCACGGUGCGCCAGGAUCAAAUAGAGAUUUCAAAUAUAUUCGAGAAACUUUGGAUAUUCUAGAAAUUAGAUUCAUCGGUAUAAAUUAUCCUGGAUUUGGCAUAACUAAAAGUAAGAAAGAUUCUUUUAAAAAUUGUAAAUAUUUUUAAUUUGUACAGGUUAUGAAAACCAAAAAUUCACAAAUGAAGAGCGCCAGUUAUUCACAAAUUCACUUCUCGAUUCUCUUUCAAUUAAAGGUAAAAUUGUAUUUGUGGCUCAUAGUCGUGGAUGCGAAAAUGCUCUCAUUUCUGUAAUUGAAAAACAAGAAAAUAUGAAUAUUCUUGGAUUAGUUCUUAUUGCUCCAACUGGUCUUCGACCACAUCAAGCAAUUCGCUCAAAAUUUGGAUUAGUUGUUCUUGACACAAUUUCGAAUUAUUUACCAACUUUUGCACGGGAUGCUCUUCUCAUCAAAAGUAAGAUUUAUGUUUGGGACAUUCAUUCAAGUUUUUUAUUAAGCAUUUGAAGCGUUUGGACUUCGAGUUGCGAGCGGUGAAAUUGCUCAUGCUAGUUUGAAAACAUCUAUGACUUUGGAUUUAGAAAAUUUAUUACCGCAUAUUCAGAAGUUCAAUGAGAUUUCUACAAAAUUGGUGGUAUUUUAUGGAGGAAAAGAUCAAAUUAUUGAAAAGGAAAUCGUUACUGAAUAUUUAUCAAAUUUCAAAGACCAUGCAACGUUUGUAAGUUUUUUUUGAAAACAUUACGAUUUUAUCAUCAAAAUAUAUGCUUUUCAGAAUUUUGACGAUGAUAUUCUUGAUGAACAUUUUCAAGAAAUAACAACUGCAAUUUCGGAGCAUAAAACUCUUAGUGUUUUGGUUGACCAAGAUGGACAUUAUCAAAAUAAAUCUCGAGCAAAUAUUAUUGCAAGAUCCAUUCAAUUAAUUUUCAAAUAA